AUGGCGAAGGCCGGGAAGGUGGCAAAGGGAAGGGAGAAGGCUGAGGACGAAGGUUCCUCCCAUGGUAGAGUAGAGGCCCAGGAGGAAGAGGAGGUUGAGGAGGCGGAGCAGCUCGAGGAGGAGUGGCUCGCGGCAGGCCUUCAAGCCCCCGAGCCCAUCUUGGACCAGUGCUCCCACAGGCGGGUAGCCAACCGGGGAGCAGUGGUUCCCGAUCCUGCGCCUGCCACUAAGAAGGUGAAGAAGAUUACCUCCAAGGGCAGCAAGCCGGAUGCGGUGCGCCGGCAGUCUUCCCACCUUGCCGAGGCUAAAACCCCUCCCGCCAAGCAAUCGGUGGCUGCGGGAGUUGACUCCAGCUCCCAGUCCGGCUCGAGCUCCCCGCAGAGCUCGUCCUCGGAGGAGGAGGAGGAGACAGAGACUCUCAUCCACCGGUCCAAACGGCUCAGGCGUGCGGGGCUGCCAAAAACUAUGGAGGGCACGAGCCUGGCGGGGAGUAGCACGAACGACCCAUUGCCAAGCCCCCAGCUCAGCCCCCGGCAGAAGAGCACAGGGUUGGCCCCUCCCGUGGGGAGUGAUGCAGGAGAGCUCCCAACCUCCUCGGCUGGAGGAGGGGGAGAGAUGACUCAGGGCGAGCCCCCUCAAGAGGGGCUUACCCCGCCCACCGAUCAAGUCGAGGAGCCCCCGAUGAUGGCUUCCAUGGGAGAACCUGCCCAGGACGACGCCGUGGUUGUCAUGGAAGGGGACGGAAAUCAUGGCCCGAUAACUGAUGUUGCCGGGGAAACUGAGGCUUCCGCCCGGCAGACCUCUCCGGUCCCUCAGGCCGAAGAGCAUGAACUGUUGGAAGAAGUGGCCAGCAUAGGAAGAGACGCCAUCGAUGAAGCUGCCAAGAUCGUUGUCGCCGAGGGGCAGGGACAUGCUGCUGGGAGUGUUCAGGAGCCCCUGACGGAAACAGAGCAAAUCCCCGACAGUGUGCCAGGGGCGGGGGCGAUGGUCGAGGAGAAAACUCCCUUUCAAACCAUGGACCCUCCCACCUCUUGA